AGCCAAAAUGGGGGCGCAACACCUGGCAGCUGGUGGGAAGCAGCGAGAGGUGCGCCGGGCAGCACUUGGCGGAGAAGGCGCGCGCCCGUCUGACCCUGGGGGGCGCCGGCGAAACUCGGCGUUGAGGGUGGAAGGCGCGUUCGGAGGAGGGAAAGGGCACCCAGCUUCUUUAACCGGGAGAGAGAAACACGAGGGUCCGCGCUGAAUGAAUAAGACAUUCACUAUCCAGAAUUAGACCUUGAUCAUCAAACAUCAUGAACAACUACAGUAUUUCUUUGGUGGGGCCAGCCCCUUGGGGUUUCAGACUUCAAGGUGGCAAAGAUUUCAAUAUGCCUCUUACUAUCUCUCGGUUGAGUGAAGGAGGCAAAGCUGCCAAUGCAAACGUGGGAAUAGGCGAUAUGGUUCUUAGUAUUGACGGAGUAAGUGCAGACGGCAUGACUCACCUGGAAGCCCAAAACAAGAUCAAGACAUGCUCAGGCAAGCUGACUAUGAACCUGCAAAGGGCACCCGCUGCACCAAAACCUGAUCCUAUUCCUGUGCAUCAAGUAGAGCCUACGGAAUUAGUUAAGCCUGUGCCCAUUGCAUCUGCAGCCGCACCCAAAGUUUCCUCCACAGCCAACACGGCCUUCAAUAAGGCCCCAAGGCCAUUUGGGGCUGUGUCAUCUUCCAAGGUCACCUCCAUCCCAUCACCGUCCUCCGCCUUCACUCCAGCCCAUGCAAGUUUUUCAUCACGUGCGUCCCCUCCACCACCAGCCACUCUCAUGCCUCCCCCUUUCUCGGCCUCGGGACUGCACGCUAAUGCCAAAUCUAAUGCUGACCAGAGCUCGCCUGUGCUGGGCGCUGCUAAAGCUGUAGUUAAUGUCCCAUGGCAGCCCACAUACAAUGCAUCCUUGAACACCUCUGUCCAACCCCUGUUCAACGAAAAUGCCCAGGAGGUGGCAGAGGGGCAGCGAAGAGGAUUGAAGGAGAACCAGGUUGACAAUGAGCAGCAAAAUGGGAAAAACCCACCUAAGCGUCCACCACGGAAGCAUGUUGUAUAUCGAAAUACAGAAUUUUACCAUCCACCCACUCACAGCAACCACAGCAAGAAACGACUGAUUGAGGAUACUGAGGAUUGGCGCCCAAGGACAGGAACUACUCAGUCACGUUCUUUCCGAAUCCUUGCACAGGUCACAGGCACUGAAUAUAUGAAAGAACCAGAAUCCGAAAAUACGAAAAAGACAAACGACUCUCUGGAGCAACCACAGCUUACUGCUUCUACCACACCCACAGUACGAAACCCACUGGAAAGCCCGGAAAAUGGAGCAAAUAGACCAGUUUCUGCCAAUACGGAAUCUCCUCUGGGCUUCAAGCCAACAGGACCUCAGUAUGCAGUCAAAACCUCAGGCUGGCAAUCCCUUAAUCAACCAGCAUCUGGAAGUGGUUAUAGCCCGAACAACAGUACCAAACCUGGACCGACUGUGCCAAGUGAAAAAUCCACCGUGCCUCCUCCACUAACAGAUGAAGAUUCUUUGGUUCAAAGAGCGGAGCACAUUCCUGCGGGAAAGCGAACACCGAUGUGUGCUCAUUGCAAUCAAGUAAUUAGAGGACCUUUUCUGGUGGCUUUGGGGAAAUCUUGGCACCCGGAGGAGUUUAACUGUGCCCACUGCAAAACUUCCAUGGCGUACAUUGGCUUUGUGGAGGAGAAAGGAAUGUUUUAUUGUGAAGGGUGCUAUGAGAAGUUCUUUGCCCCUGAAUGUGCUCGAUGUCAGAGGAAGAUACUUGGGGAAGUAAUAAAUGCCUUGAAGCAAACCUGGCAUGUUUCCUGUUUUGUUUGUGUGUCCUGUCGCAAGCCCAUUCGGAACAAUGUUUUCCAUUUGGAAGAUGGUGAUCCCUACUGUGAGACAGAUUAUUACGCCCUUUUUGGUACCAUGUGCCAUGGCUGCGAAUUCCCUAUUGAAGCUGGAGACAGGUUCCUGGAAGCCUUGGGCCACACCUGGCACGAUACCUGCUUUGUGUGCUCAAUAUGCUGUGAGAGUUUGGAGGGCCAGACUUUCUUCUCAAAGAAGGACAAACCCCUCUGCAAGAAACAUGCCCACUCAGUGAACAUCUGAAGCACCAUUCCUAAAACAAACAUAGUGACAGGAAAGGAAAGCUAUCGGGUGUUGGUUUUCAAUAGGCUUUCUAAUGUAUUUAUGUAGACGUCUUCAACUGUAGAGAAGCAAGGAUAGGAUGAGGGGAAAUCAGGCUUUUAACCUUCCCUCUAAUAAAACUGGGAGUAUUUAAGGUGACUUGACUUAGUAAUGUCAGAAAGAGAGAAGCAGACCUUUUAUUGACAGCAUACCUUUGUAAUCACUUGCAUUUUUACAUCAGGAAAUGUUACCUAAUCGAUUUUGUAGCAUAAUUUGGAUGUACAAUUAAGGGCCACAAAUGGGUAAAAUGAUUCCUAAUUAUAGACAUGAAAGAACCACACAUGGGUUCAUUGGUUCUUCUCAGGACAAAGAAAGGGUAUUCUGCCAUGGAUAAUAUAAUUGGUAUGUAUCGUACUUCUCAAAAAAAUUACAACCUGUAACCACUGUAGCCAAUGUAAGAUCAGUGAUAGAAGUGAUUCUGGAGUUUUAGAGAGUGCCAAGUAAAGCUAAUUCUUUUAAAUUCCACAGUAUAGAAAAUCUUGCCUUUUUGCAUUGUUUUGUAAAAAAGUAACUCAGCUUCUGCACACUAAUGAGACUAGUGGAAAAGAACGCUUAAGAAAGAACUUGUGAGUCAGCUACUUCUAAAAUAUAGCCAGAAGUACCAAAAAGAAGGCCGCGGAGGGGAGAGAAUCUUGCUUUUUUUACACAUUUUUGUAUCUACUGUGUGCACAAUUUAAUACUACUUUUGGUAAUAAAUACAGUGGGGAAUGGUGGGAAAGAAAUAGUUUCAGCUACCUUAGAUGCAAAAAUCACAUUGCAUUCUUGCACAAUAAAUACUGAAUGAACAUUUUCUUCUUUCAUAGGUCUUUCUGAUAGCUGUCUUUGUUAUAAAAUUGUUAAUGACGUUGGCAUAUCUUUUUAAUACACCUGUUGCUUGCUUAUCUGACAUAUUCUGUAGAUAUGUGUUGCUAUAUCUUGUCACCUGUCUCUGGUCCUUGGUUUCUCCAGAGACAGGAAAAUAACAUUGUUACAGAAUGCAGAGUAUUUCUCAGUUUUGAUGGGAAAAACAAGAAAAGACUAUAUAUAUUGUAAUAUUUCUUCAAAAUUCUUGUUUAUCCCAUCCAGUGAGUAGUUGAUCAUCCCAUAUGGACAAAUAAUUCUUGCUGUCUCUGAGACCUUGUUGAUCUUCCAAACAACAACACUAUAUGUGUUGAAUGCUUUAUAUGGAUGAUGGUCGGAGUAUCUUUAACCCAGAAGAAUUUAUGAAGUAGUAGACAGGACCAAAUCAAUUGGAUAGUGUUAGCUUUAAAUUCCUUUUUAAAAAAGAUGGGAUCAUUGUUUUGGUGAAGGAAAAAUUACCCACGUUGCCUUUGUUCUUGAACAUUUUUGAAGAGUUGCUACAGAAGAGAAGACUGUACGUCAUCCAGUGAACUGUUUAUUACAUAUAAAUAUUCCACCUUUUCUACUUCAGAAGCAUGAAAUGAAUGUCAUUUUUAAAAGAUAGCACAAAGUAUUAGGCCAAAGCUGACCUGCAGGUAUCUGCAUUUGGCCAUGUCUUAAUAGCACACUCAUUUCCCCAGCCAAACAGUUUGCUUGUGGAUUUUCUUACCUGUAUACAGGGGACUAUGGAGCAAAUAAUUACAUGUUCAUGUAAUCAAUCACCUGUAUGGCCCACAGCCAAGUUAUCAGGACAGCUGCCCUUGGUUUUAACUUUGGGGAAAAAUUGUGGAGCAUUCUUAUUCCCUCUUGAUAAGGUAAUGUUCAUAACUGGCUUACCAAAUGCCUGAACAUGUUCCAUGUAAGUAAACAGCAAAUGGUUGUUGGUAAAUAAAUUGAAAUAGCAACAUCUAUAAUCUGUUACGGCCUCAUAAUCUCGUCAAGUGCAAAUAUGGACACACUUGAAUCCCAGAUACUUCCUAGCAAUCAAGAGAAUUUACAGAGUUCGCUUUUCAUGUCAUGCUUCUUAUAGUGUUAGCCAAAUUUUUUACUCCCAGCGUUGUAUCUCAAUAUUUUUUGAGAGGGAGGUUUAGCGCUAUUCAAAAAUGUAAUCUCAUUCUCUUUUAUUCUUAGAAUCUGAUCAUUUACCCUCUAGACUCUUAGUUUUUUUAUCAUUAUUUAAAUGUAGCAAAGUAAACACUGACCACUUAUUCACUGAGAAGUUUAAAACUUGCAAAAUAAUGUUUAAGGAUCAGUUGCCUGAGAGUAGAGAGCCUAAACUUUGAGCAAUCCUACCACCUUAGUACUCUGCAGAUGUGAUGAUGUUAUUAUGAAGGCUGGAAAGUAAAAUAGAAAAGGACUGUAUGUGUUUUUAUAAAUGGUUAUCUUGGAAAAUAUGCAACUUGCUUUAGAAGGUAGAAUUGAAAAUCAAACUAGCAAGGGAAUGGUUAAAGGUAUGAAAUCAAGAUAGCUUGAGAGAGAUUUUUGGAUGUUGCAAUUAGAAAAGCAUUCUCAUUCUCAGAUAAUUUUAAAGUUUAAUUGGUACUCAACUAAAUUAAAAAGUAGGGACUGUUGCACUUUGUGAUUCUCAUAGCAUGGAUCAGGAAUGAGAAGAUGGCACUCUGGAGACAUCUGCUGAUUUCUAAGGUCAUUGUUUGGAGCUUUGUUUGACUUCACACAAUAGGUUUUGGGCUGUUGUAAACGCUUGCUUUGAUUUCCUUUUUGGUUCCUGCCAUUUUUCAUCUACUUUUGGACCUUUUUAAGCGUAAUUUCUGUUGUCAGCUUUGCCUUUGGAGCCUGUUACUCACACACACACACACAAAAAGCCACAACUGGUGAAGUGAUAUGAUGUGUAUAUGAAUAAAAAUUGUCUGUGAAAUUGCA